UCCACAGUCCACACGGUCUCACUCUCAGAGAGGAGGUUGGCGACGCGAUCCUAGGAGGGGGACCAAGAGGAGUCAAAAACGUACACAUGUUUUGUUUCAAGGAGGAGGGAAGUAAUAAUCGAGUCGCUUGAACAGCCAUUCCAGCCUUCGUUUACCAAGCCUUGCAAGCGCGCAUCGAAAAUGGAGCUACCCGCCGCGGGAGAGCACGUAUUUGCGGUGGAGAGCAUCGAGAAGAAGCGGAUUAGAAAGGGUCGUUUCGAGUACCUAGUCAAGUGGAGAGGUUGGUCUCCGAAAUAUAACACGUGGGAGCCAGAGGAAAACAUUCUCGACCCGCGGCUUCUUGUCGCUUUCCAAAACAGGGAGCGACAAGAACAGUUGACAGGGUACCGCAAAAGAGGCCCGAAACCAAAGCACUUAUUGGUUCAGCUUCCCUCUUUUGCCCGAAGAUCAAGUGUCCUUUCCGGCCUUCAGGAGACAGUCCUGGACGAUGUCAAGCUGCACAAAGUGGAGCCCGUGCAGACACAGCAGUACCAGCUCAACAGCAAGAAGCACCACCAGUAUCAGCCGCACAGCAAGGAGGGCCAUGCAGAGCAGCAAUCCAACAGCAAGAAGAAGUUCUACUACCAGCUCAACAGCAAGAAGCACCACCACUACCAGCCUGAUCCCAAAAUGUAUGACUCUCAGUACCAAAAGGCUAAAGUGCCAGAGACACCACCACCCAGCACGGGCUGGAGUCUCCCCCCGCCCCUGAAACCGAAGUGGAUUCAGGACAAAGACUCUGGGUGUCUGAGCAAAGUGAAGGACAUAACCAUGGAGCUCAAAAAGCUUCCUGCAAGCCUGGACGGUGGCAAGGAGCCUGAGGUGAACUCGUGCGCCAAGGAGGAUCCACCCCCCAAUGGAAUUAGCAGCAAGCUGAAGAUUGUAAAAAAUAAAAACAAAAAUGGACGCAUUGUCAUUGUCAUGAGUAAGUACAUGGAGAACGGCACCCAGGCCGCCCGCAUUAAGAACGGGGAGGGAGACACUGACAGACUGGCCACGGAGAACUUGACGGAGAAGAAGAAGGCUAUGCAGAGGCACGGGUCAGACCAUAUUCAUAAAAAGGACAGUAAGGAGAAGAGUCACGAGAGCCGUGCCUCUGGGACGGUCAACGGCCUGUCCACACAGAAAGACUCUUUAGCAGACAAGCCAGUGUCCGUGGAAACGAAUGAAUCACAAAGGGCCAAGGGUGAACACAAACCCUCGGAGGAUCAGCCACUACAGUUGACCACUAAGCCCAGUACAAGCCCUUGGCUGUUCCAGAGCAAGGUUGCGUCGUGCCAGAACGGAACUUAUUCGGAGACCCCCCAAAAGUUGUCUUUGUCUAAUAAGCGGCGCCACUCGGAACACAGCGAGGACCAUGGUGAAGGGAAAAAGUUCCUGAGCUCCCGGAGCAUCAGCGCUCCAAACAGCGUGACCUCUCCCACACAGAGCCAUUCCGUGGAUCUAACUGGCCACCAGUAUCCCAGCAACGGGCAUGACUUUACCUUUCAGGACUCCAACCCCGAGGAGCCGAUAGACUUGAGCUGCGUGCGAUCCAGGGAGGAGAGAAAUGGGACGGCAAAGACCCAGGCGGCUACUCCAGAGGGACUGGAGCCGGGGUCAGUAACUCCAGGGGUGCCGUCCACCUCAGCGCUGGCAUCAGGGCCAACAGUGGAGGAUACCGCUGCUGCUUUUAAGCCUUUCCUUGGGAACAUAAUCAUCACUGAUGUCACAACCAAUUGUCUCACUGUGACUUUUAAGGAAUAUGUUACAGUUUGAGAUAUGGAUUUCAGGACUAGAAGACUACUGACUGAUUUUGUGAAUAAUGUACAAAUGUAUAUUGGCCUUGAAUUCCUGAGAAGAAUUAUUGAGAUAUUUUCAGAAGCUUUUGAUUAUAAUCUAAGAAUCCUGUCUUCAUACUUCGGGGUUUAUACUGAUUAAUUUUUAAAUUCACCCUGCCGGUAAUCACAAUGUAGAUAACUGAAAAAAAGUGGUUGUUUUUUAAUCAUGGCCCAUCUCCUUAUUGGUUAGUCUGUUGGAGGUGCAAUCUAAACAUCAAGCACUUACUCAUGCAAAGAGUUGUGUAUCAUUUGUAUCUUAACUCCUUUUUGUGUUGAAUUGUUGUAUCAGAAGUGAUCAUGACAAGAGCAAGAUGGAUUGCUUCAAUCAUUCUGUCUUUUUGUGUGUGUGUGUGUGAGAGAGAGAGAGAGAGAGAGAGAGAGAGAGUGGUUGUGUGCAGCUACUUGCAUAUGUGCAGUUUUGGGCAGUCAAGAUGCAGGUUAGAGAUGAAACCUGAAAGCUUUGUGUUGCAUGGACAGAUCAAGCAGUGAGAAACCAUGGAAUUAUGACAUCUUGUCAGAUGCACAAGUUAAUGUGAAGGGCCGUGGUAUCUAAACGCACUUUGCACUGUUCUUCAAAGGUUAAGGAAUGGAUGAUUUAAAGUGGAUAUUUUAAAUGGUUCAGCUCAGCAGCUCACUUGGUAGAUGAACAGCUAUAUUAGAUGCAGGAGUGCACAAAACUGUGUUUAACCUGAAACUAGAUGCUUCCAUUGACCCCCCAAGCUAGAGAGCAUUGUAUUACCAUAUUUUUUGUAUUUAAUUUUUCUUUUAUAAAAAAUAUUGAAAGCUUCGAAUUUCAGAAUUGUUGUCCAUUGCAUUGCUAAUAUGCUACAACUACAGUUUGCUAAAGCUGGAUCUGUGAAUUUCAAAGCAGUGUUACUCCCUAUAACAUGUCUGCUUUUGUUGUUGUCUGUAAACAGUCAGUUUAACUCAAGUAGUAACAGUGCCUUAACUUGACUUUGAAAGAUAAACAUAAAGCAUAGGCUUAACAUAAACUGUGCGUUCUGUUGCUUGGAGUGUAUUGUCCAAGGCCCUUUUACAGGGUCUGCAAUGUCAAAACCUUGUUAUGUACACUGCUUAGCUUCAAUAUCGACAUAUUGCCAUGUUGAUGCUUUCUGUGUCCCUGCGUGGACCUUUGUAGAUCUUCAAAGGCAAAGGUUAGACUUUUGUGUUCCUCACUGGAGCGUGUACGCUACCACAUUGUUCCCAUUUUCUGGCCAUGACGGUUGUCAACACUUAAUUCAGAGGAAUUGUGCUUCUGGCUGGGAAGAGGUCAAUUCUGUUGACAAAUAACAGUUGCAUUCCCUCUGCAAAAUCAUUUGCAAUAAAUACAUUUAAAAACAA